CAGGGCAGCGCUGUGCUCUGCGCCAUUCGUUUAAAUGUGUUUUUCGUUCCUUGCGAUUAAAUAGUGUAUUGUACUGUGUUUGUGUCCUGUGCGUUGUUUUUCGUUUGCUCGUCUCUAAUUAUGUGUUCAGCAUUCGAGAGACUAAUGAGAGAAAAGCUGAAAGAGUUCAGCAUCGAUGACGACGGGCAAUUGCGUGGUUAUUGUGAAUCUCAAGCAGAAAUUGAUGUACUUCUGACCCAGCUGAAGUGCGUCGGUUAUUCGUACUCGGUGCGAAGAAGCACUCAGCAGCCAAAAUCUUCAGAUGCGUCAAGGAGUUGUCCAAAAUUUUUCUUCAGACUUAAGAGUGGGAGCGUGGAUAUCCGAUUUUUCAGAUAUCCUUUCUCAGUGGAAAAUGCAGGUCACCGGGAAUGUAUUCUUGGCCCAAAGUACUACAAAGAAAAGAAAGGGGUUCCUGUUCCAGAUCACCUGGCUGACCAUAUGAACCCCAGGAAGAGACUCUGUGUUAUGGACACAAAGAAAAGUGGUUGCCCAGCUACAUUCUCUGUUAAAUGUAUCCGGGUAUACCCUGGAUAUUCAAUUGAGUCAGAGGGGGCUCAUCCUAAUAUUAAGAAAAGGGUGAGUUUAAACUUUAACAUACUUGAAUAUAUUUUUUAAUCAGUGGUUGUCUACAUUCAGUUUGAGACCAUUAGUACUUAUCUGCUAUAAUUAAGUCUGUUGUGUUACAGGUUUUGGAAAGCUUGAGACAGGCUUUGGUGUCCCCAAAUCAGCCCACAAGCUUUCUUAGAUUUCAUGUGGUUGCUUCACCAGUAGGCUCACACACACACACACAGUACAGAAAGUGUCAAAGUUACUGCAGAAAUAUACCCUAUGCUAGCAAAUAAAAUAGGAAAUGUUGUUAAAGAAGGAACAAGAUCGGUACCGGUAAUCAAAUUACAUCUUGACAAUUUUGUCAAGACAAAUUUCAGUGCAGCCACCAUGCCAGAUCGUGACAAUGUAAUGUUUUAUCCCUCAGAUAAAACGAUUUAUAAUCAUAUGUAUAAUGCUAUAUUGAAAAUGAAAAAGACAACAAUUGAUCAGGAUGCUCUGCAGAUGAAAGUUAGUGAGUGGAAGAAAGAGUUGUCAGGUGGCAAUAUCCAUUUUAGACCUUGUGCAGAGGUAGAUGGAGAGGUACAGCCACUACUCUUUUGCUACCAGACUGCAUGGCAAGUGGAAUUAUUAAGAAAGUAUGGGACAGUAUGCUUGCUUGAUGCGACAUAUAAAACCACUAAGUAUGACAUUCCACUGUUUUUCAUAACAGUGAAAACAAAUGUGUGCUAUUUAGUUGUAGGUUUUUUUUAUGUUCAGGUAGAAGACACACAAUCCAUUUGUGAAGCAUUAAAUAUUUUCAAGGAGUGGAACGUGGACAUGAGUCCUGGAUAUUGGGUAACUGAUUUCUCAGAAUCCGAGAUAAAUGCUAUUCAGGCAGUAUUUCCCUGCUCUAAAGUGUAUUUAUGUUCAUUUCACAGGGAACAAGCUUGGAACAGGUGGUUACGUGAACAUGUGAAAGAACAAGAAGACAGAGAGACAAUAGUUUAUCAGUGGAGAAGAGUUGCAGCAUCGUCCUCCUUGCAACAGUACAAAGAUAAUUUAGAAAAAAUGAAAAAUCAUCAUGUUUUUGAAGGGAAGGAGUCUGCAUUAAAAUAUUUUGAGAAACAAUGGGUUCCGGUGUAUCAUAGUUGGGUGAAAGCUUUUGAGCACAAAGGCAUGUUUACCAAUAUAAACACAACAAAUGGUGCCGAAGCAAUGAAUAGGUUGAAGUAUUCACACCUUCAUCAAAGUACAGACACAACAUUAACAGGUGUUAUUACAGUUUUAGUCCAUAGUUACCUCCCUAGCCUCAUUGAAAAGUAUUGUAAAUUAAAUUAUGCCAUUAAGUCAUACAAUAAGAUGAUCCCUGUAUUCCUGCAUAGGAAGACACCCGACUUCACAAGGCAUGUAAUGAAGCGAUAUGAAUCAGUGAAAGUUGAUUUUAGUGCAGAAUCGGUAACAAUGGUAACUAUGGGAUUGUUUCAUGUAAAAUGUGCAGGAAACAAAGGCUCUCAUUACACGGUAAACUUCAAAAAACCUGAUUGCUCUUGUCCAGAUUUCCAAAAGUUCAAGUAUCCUUGCAAGCACUUCUGUGCCAUUUUCCAUUUCUCAGAAUGGGGAUUUCACAAAUUGAAUUUCAGUUAUAGGACUAGUCCAUUGAUUUGCUUGGAUGAAACAUAUGGGUUUGGCUCGCGAAGCAGUUGCAGUACAGAAACCAGCACUGAAACAAAUGACUUGCAGGACACCAGCCAAAGUCAUGAAACAAAUGAACAGCACAUUCCUGAAACAUCAAAUGGUAAUGCAGCAGUGCAUCAACGGGUAAGAGAAGUGUGUAAGAAUUUAAUAAAUCUGACAUACAAUUGCAGUAAUGAAACAGCUAAUAAAAUGAUUGAACACCUCACAACCUUGCAACAUGAUGUAGAGUCAUCAAACCCUACAGACAAUGGCCUUCCAUUAUCAGUGGCAUCAACUUCAAAGUGACAGAAAUAUACUUGUGCACUCUGGAAAGCCAACAGAAUGUGAGGCACCGAAUGGUUGCCCAUCCAAGUGCUGUCCACACCCAGUGGUGCUUAACUUCAGUGAUAUGAGGGGAACCGGUGUAUCUGCUCGGCCAAGGCUGUUGGCUUUGCUUUAUACAUAAUAAAUCUUUUGGCAUUAUGUAUAAUGUAGAUUUGGCAUGAGCCUUAUGUUAAAAGAUUAAACUGUAGAGGGUACAUUUUUUUUUCCCCCUAGUAUUCAGAUUUUACUGGUGAUGUUCAUUUUUACAACUUUCAUUGCUGGCAGUAGGUGUAAGUAUUCAAAGUGCAUUCCACUUACUGUAAUCUGUGCAGAGCUGUUCAAUAGGUACAAAGAACCGCAAACUGGAGUGCAAAGUGUCUGAAUGUUCUGUGAUGCUUCUACUUCAGAACACACCAAUAUGGAGCUAUAUGAUAACGUAUGGAGUUAAUGAAGAAUCCACAGGGCUUUAAUCAAUAGAAAAAGUGCUAAAGCAACUGGAAACAUAUAAAUGUUAUCAUUAUCAACAGAAAUGAAACUUUUUUUAACUUAUUGAGAAGCAGACCAGAUCAUAUACCCCCUCUUGUUCUUUCAGGAAUGUGCUGCUUCUUUUGUGAUUUCUGCUGGUAUCCUGUAAGCCAUGUGUUGCAGUGCUAGAUUUGGUACUGUAACUGCUUUAUGUGCCAAUUUGUGAAAUCCCCAUUCUGAGAAAUGGAAAAUGGCACAGAAGUUCUUGCAUGGAUAGUUGAACUUACGAUAAUCUGGACAAGAUCAGGUUUUUCAAAGUUUACCAUACAAUAAGUCUUCAGUUCCUGCACAUUUUACAUGAAACAAUCCCGUAGUUACCAUAAUUACUGAUACUGCACUAAAAUCAACAGAAUUUAAAAUACUUUUCGAUAAGACCUGGGAGGUAACUAUGGACUAAAACUGUAAUAAAACCUGUUAAUGUUACAUUUGUACUUUGCUGAAGGUGUGAAUAUUUCACCAACCUGUUCAUUUCUUCAGCACCAUUUGUUGUGCUUAUACUGGCAAACAUGUCUGUGUACUUAAAAGCUUUUACACAUCUAUAAUGCCCUGGAUCCCACAGUUUUUUAAAGUAAUGUAAUACAGGCUCCUUCCCUUCAAAAACACUAUGAAUUCUCGUUUUUCCUAAAUUAACUGCCCUCCACAGUUUAACAAUUAUGUCUUUCUUGUUCUUUUGCAUGUUUUCAUAACCACAUCCUUCAAGCCAGCCAGCCUUCCACCCCCCACCCCCCACCCCAGAAGGCCUGCAGCACUACUAUUGUGGGCACAUGUGUGGUGUCCUUUUACCUAUUAAACUAACCAACCUCCCUGUGAAAUAAACAUAGAUACACUUCACUUUAAAGCAGGGAAGUACUCCCUGAAUUGCAUUUACCUCGGACUCUGAGAAAUUGGUAACCCAGUAUGCAGGAUUUAUGUCUGUAUUCUAUUCCUUGUAAAAAUAUUUAGUGCUUUACAAAUUUAUCUUGUGUCUUCUACCUGAAGAUAAAAAUCCUAACUCUAAAUAGCACACUUUCGCUUUCGCUGUUAUAAAGAACAGUGGAAUGUCCUACUUUGUGGCUUUGUCGCAUCAAGCAAGCAUACUGUUCCAUACUUAGUAGUUCAAUUUGCCAUCUAGUCUGGUAGCACAAGAGGAGUGGCUGUACCUCUCCAUCUACAUCUGCCCAUGGUUGGAAAUAGUCACCUGUUAAUUCUCUUCCAGUCAUUGAUCUAAUUUUGCAGAGCAUCAUAAUCAUUUGUAGUUCUUUUAGUUUCAAAAACUGCUUGUUAUACAGGAAUAAAAAUGGUCCAAGGAGUAAGACAUGUAGUUUUAAUGUGAUCUGGUCUGACUUUUUCAGCCAUGGAUUUGCUUUGCAGAUACAAAAAAGAACUGUACAUGCUGAGGAAGGAAUUCUGUUAGUAUUAAGACACUGUGACAGCUCAAUUGUUAUAAAAUUGGUGUUGUUAUAGGACAUGGGUGACAAUGACAAUCAGUGGCUGCCUACAGCCUAAUCCAAUGACUUGUCAUUGCGUUACUGAAAAUUCUAAAAGAAAACUGAAGUACCAAACAUGCAAAACAUCUUCAGUUCUUUUUCGCUGUACUCCAUAAAACGUGUGUUUUAAUUAUUUGAUUUUUUUCAUGGAAUAAACAAACAUGUGGGUGAGACUUUUCAAAUGUGCUGUGAUAACCAAUGUAGACUGUGUUCAUUUGUCUCCUGUUUCUUCUGGUAUGACACUCUUAUCAUUAACUGUUCCUUUCAGCCUUGUGAUUGCUUUGUGCACACCUUUUUAUGCUAUUUUCCAUGAAAUGCAUCUGUAGCAUCAUACUUUUACACACGAUUGUUAUCUGUUAUACAGAAGUAAGCAAUUUAGUUGUAUGUUGAAGGGCUUUGUGCUCUUUAUAGACUUUGACAAGAUGUGUGUUACCUUGUGCUGAGUAAUAUGCUGAACUGCUCAAUAAUUGUUGAAAUGCCUGGAUAUGUAAUUAUCAUUGUUACUGUGCUCAGAUGUAUUGUCACAUACAAUUAAGGUGAAACUGAAUUAAAAAAUAAAGAAUUCUCUAA